GUGCGUUUUAGAAUGAUUACUGUGGGCCAGCGGAGAGACAGAUUAUACGGCUGUACACAACUGCUGUCCUAAUCCCCUGAGCGGAGAGAUUUAGCAAAUAAAUAAAAAAAAAAAACAGGCUUUAACCUCCGCAGCCAUAUUGUAUGGAAAAACGACGGAAAAGAAGCAGUUUUGUAGAAAAACUAAUCUCCCAAGACACCUUUGACAGGACUUUUGGAAAACUGAGUUUUUCUCUCACUGGCGGUGGUCUUCUGUUGCACAGCUAGCUUGCCAGCUGGCUGAGGAAUUCAGAGAUUUGGGACUAGUUUUUGAAUAAGAGCGGAUAAUAUAGAGUUUUAAAGUGCAUAUUUUGUUUGGGAGUGUUAAUUUUCCGCUUGUAAAAUGAAGGACCGAUUGGAGCAGCUCAAAGCGACGUGUGAUCAUGAUGAUGAAGAGGUGGAGAUUGCUGUGGAUAACGCAGCCUUCAUGGAUGAGUUCUUCUCUCAGAUUGAGGAUAUCAGGAACAGCAUUGAUAAGAUCGAUGAGAACGUGGCUGAGGUCAAGAAGCUGUACUCGGUCAUCCUGUCUGCUCCCACAUCAGACCAGAAAACGCAGGAUGACUUGGAGGCAAUCACCAAUGACAUAAAGAAGAUGGCCAACAAUGCCAGAAACAAACUCAAGACCAUCGAGAGGAAUCUGGAGGCGGACGAACAGGAGAGGAUUUCUGCUGACAUGCGGAUACGUAAAUCACAGCAUGCAGUGCUCUCCAGGAAGUUUGUGGAGGUGAUGACAAAGUACAACGAAGCCCAGGUGGACUUCAGGGAGAGGAGUAAAGGACGCAUUCAGAGACAGCUAGAGAUCACUGGCAAAGCUACAACAGACGACGAGCUGGAGGAGAUGUUGGAGAGUGGCAAUGCUGCUGUGUUCACUGCAGGAAUCGUGGACUCGGGGAUCUCCAAACAGGCCCUGAGUGAGAUUGAAGCCAGACACAAAGACAUUGUCCGUCUGGAAAGUAGCAUCAAAGAGCUGCACGACAUGUUUGUAGACAUCGCCAUGCUGGUCGAGAGCCAGGGCGACAUAGUAGACAACAUUGAGCAGAAUGUAUCCAAGUCAGUGGACCACAUAGCAGUUGCCAAGACAGAAACCAAAAAAGCUGUAAGAUACCAGACUAAAGCUCGUAAGAAAGUGGUGGUAAUAGUGGUGGCUGUGCUGGUCUUGCUGGCCUUACUAGCUCUAAUUAUUGGCUUGUCAGUUGGACUGAGCCAAAGAUGAUGAGCUAUUUGAGUAACAGAGAGCUAAAGGAAGGUGAUCAUCAUUGGUGUGAUCUGUGCCGUGGUUGUGCUCAUCGUCCUUGUUAUCGUCCUCACCCAGACAUUAUAGAAGGAUCUCUGUCUCUCUCUUAUCUUCAACUUGAUCAUCAUCACUCCAUCUUGCCCUCCAUCUGCUGUACCACCAUUAAUAGAGAAGAAAAGACUGAAAGCUGUCACCCCAUGUGGAUAUAAACAUUUUUCCUCUGCAUCUCAUCAGCUCAAAAAACACCGGGAGUCCAAUAGGAAAAGGCCUGGUGGUACAUCUUAACAUUGGACUUUGCACCGAUAGCAUCAGGCCUUGUAUGACUUCAACCAAUACAGUCAGGCUCGUCUUCCUUGUUUGUGAGCUGUGGUUUGACUCCCUUCAGGUGAUGUAGAGGAUCUAUGAAUACUGUACUACAAAUGAGGAAAUGAGACUGCAGUUGACUUCAGGUUCAGUACCUGUUGUAUCUCUGAUCACUGCGGGGGAAAGGGGAAUUGAAAAUAACAAAUCAUUACGACGAGUUAAUGUCACGCAGCAUUUCAUUGUUCAACAUUGCAGUGUCAAACAAUCAUUCUGAAUUGUGUUCAUGUUGUUUACUUGAUUUUAAUGUUAAGUCACUCAGACAUGACCCUUGUAGAACCACAUCCCCCCUCCCUCGUCAUGAUUUCUUGCCAUUAUGAGCCUUGACACAUUUGAGGAUAGAAAGCUAGCUAUCAUCCACUGUACUGCUAUUUUGGAGGGGAUCGGGAGUCCAGCACUUUCACAUGUAAUAUAUGUCUGUCUGUAAUGAGACUUACUCACGUAAACACUGGAUUGAUUUUGUAUGUCUGUCAGUGUCUAAACUUGCUGAAUAUGGCCCAGUUCUCCAACUUCAAGAGGAGCGGUGUGCUCACCUAUUCACCUACACUGUAUGAUUCUUGAAUGAAGAGAGCCCAGUGGUUUUAAUUUUAAUGUGAAGGACGGUGCUUAUGAAUGUGCAUGGGUAGGCGGAGCUAAGCAACAUUUCAGUGGGGUCAGGGAACAGGCUGGGGAAAUAAACACACAUUUCAUGCUUGGAUACUCAUCCAACCCACGCGAUCACUGGGAAGCUAGAUCUGAAAAUCUGUUUUUUUUGUUUGAUGUUAGCCAUGUUGACUUUUGCAUAUUUUUGCCUUUGCUGUUAAUAAGUUAAGAAACAACUUUUCAGUGCCAGCAGGUAUAAAGAGGGACCAGUAGCAGAAGUAAGUUAGCAUUUCCCUCCACAAGUGCCUGAAUGGUUUAUGUAUUUAACACUUAUGAAGGAAACCCGAACAUAACGCCUCCCAGUGAAGGGAUACGGUGGCUCUCUACCAGUGUUGCGGAGUGCAUUUCCUGCCAUGAUGUACAUCUCAUGAGUUUUAUAUUGCUGUCCUUAUUCUGAAUUAUCACCAUCAUCCCAUGUGGAUUUAUUUCCUCAUAUUGGGAAUUAGGGCUGCCCCCUGACAAUAAGUCAAAUCAUCAAUCGUAGACCUCCACGGGGCAAAGAGUUUAGUCAUCGUAAUGAAAAGCGGACUCUGAGUUGAGUCAGUUGGGUACAGCCCUAGUGGGAACAUCUCAGAGUACCAGUGCCCCUAUUGUUAAAGAACAGGUAGUCACCCAGUGGUUUGACUAUCAUAAUAUUAGCCAUUUGCCCAUGUCCUCUGAUUCCAGUAAAGUGUACAGCAGUGAUUCUUCAGAGCUAUCAAAACACCAAUUUCCAUCAUUUGCUAAAAAGCAGCAAGAGCCACCAUCACAGAGGGAGAUUACUGUUGUACCAGGCCAUAGCCUGAAUGGUGCCUUUAACUCUGGGUGUUUGUGAAAGCAUUUGAAAGCAAGAGGCCACCAGACUGGUCUUUUGACAAUGCAAUCUGCUCUUCUGGCUACUUUUCAAAACUAGUAGAAUGCUUCCAUUCAAGCCUUUUGCUUCAUACCACACUGGCUGUUAGCAAAGGCUCUAAUGAGAAAGGGACAAAGAAAUUAAGCAGUUAUGUUAUCGACUAUUUUAAUUGUACUCUUUUUAAGUUAUAGUGCCAAAGAUUUCAAUGAAAGAAUUAAAGAUUUUAUGUUUUGUACUGCC